AUGGGCGUUGAACGACCGGAGUGGUUGCCGGCUGGCUGGAGUGUUCGCGUCAAAGUUCGGGACACUGGAAAGAAAGACAAGUAUUAUGUCAAUUCCUCAAAGGGCAUCACGUUAAGCUCGAAACCGGAGGUGCUUCGGUAUCUAAAAUGUUCCGGAAAAGAUGUUGGAAAAGAUGUGAAACUGAAAGGUUCUGGAAAAGAUGGGAAACCAAAGGAAGUGACUAAGAGUAACAUCCAAAAGACUGUUGCGGAUAACUUACCUCCAGGGUGGAUUAAGGAAGUAAGAUCCAGAAAGACGGGUAGCAAGACAAAGAGUGACAAGUAUUAUAUUGACCCCAUCAGCGGACGACAAUUCCGCUCCAUGCAAGAAGUUUUUCGGUACCUUGAGUCAAAGGAUUUGGGGGAGCACGCCAAGUCAACGCCUGAUGACCGAGAUCAUGUCAGUUUGAAGUUGGGAUACGACUCUAAAUCUUCAUCUGGUGGAACCAAAGGACAGAGAUUGACUGACAAGAACGCUGAUAAGAGUUUAACUGGCAAACGGAGUGUAAAGUCAGGAUCGAGAUUUGCAGUUGGUUUAAAAGAUGGUUCGAAGGAACAUGUAAGUAUGCCAACAGAGCAAGGAGGAGAUGAUGAUACAGAUCCCGAGCUUUCUGAUAAACUUGUGGACCUAGUUGAAAAACUUGCAGAUAGAAAGCGUAGAAGAAAGAAAUUGGCUGACAGCAGAGUGGAUAAAAGUGCUGAUGAAGAUCAGAGAUCAAAAUCAGAUCAGAGAUCAAAAUCAGGGUCAAAAGUUGAAAACCAAGAUAUGCCUAUUCAAGAGCACGGAGAUAGCAAACGCGGCUGUGUGGGUGGGGAUCUCCCACAUAAGCUGCCACAAGUAAAUGCAAAUGAUCAAGUUGAAGGUGAAGGUGGAAGAAGACGAAGUAUGAGACUGUCAGUCAGAAAACAGAAAGAUAAGUCCUUACGAUCAGGCUCGGGAGGGCCUGCCAAGAAAGUUAUUAUUCCAUCUGAGAGCAAUAUGUUGGAGGAAAAAGAAAAGGAAAAUAACUCCACAGGCGACGGUAAACAACAGCACGAAAGCCCAUCAUACAACAAGAAGAGAAAAACCCUAAAUAACAAAUCGGCAAGCGACUUGCCACAUAGAAAGCCAAAAAGAGUCGCUCGUGAGGAAAUCAAUCUUUCAUCACAAUCCCCCGAAAUUAAGACGAGCAACCAAUCCGGUGCACUUGUAUCCUCGCUGCCAGCUGGCAAAUUGGAAGAAGUUACUGCCACCAAAAACAACAUUGGUAGAUCUGGGCCUUCGGAAAAGAAACAGAUUGGCACCACUGCCCGUAAAAACUCAAAUGAGCAUAAUCAUUCGAGAUGUGCACUGGAAUUUUAUUCGACCAAAAGUGAGGAAAAGCCUAAUGAACCCUCUCUGCCAGCUGGCGAGCUGGAAGUUACUACUGCCAAAAACAAGAUUGGCAGAUCUGGGCCUUCCAACAAGCCACAGAUUGGCACCACCGCCCACGAAAACUCAAAGGACCAUAAUCAUUCAAAAUGCGGGCAGGAAAAUUCAACCAAAAAUGAGGAAAAGCCUAAUAAACCUUCUCCGCCAGCUGGUGAGUUGGAAGUUACUACAGCCAAAAACAAUAUUGGCAGAUCUGGGCCUCCCAACAAGUCACAGAUUGGCACCACCGCCCACAAAAACUCAAAAGAGAAUAAUCAUUCGAAAUGCGGGCCAGAAAAUUCGACUAAAAAUGAGGAAAAGCCUGUUAUUAGUCAUGACGGCAAGGAGGAUGAAAACCCUUGUCAAAAGCCUGAAAUGAAACCCCAAUCCGCACUGAACGACCUGCUGAGGGAUCCUUGCAUUGAAUUUGCCGUCAAAACCUUAACUGGCGCAAUUCCCAUUGAGGAAGUGAAUAAAGUUUGUGGAAAUCCAGUUUCUUCUUCUUCUCUGUCUCCGCCUCAUGGAUCUUCAACUUUGUCUUCUAAUAAGUCGGCUUGUGGAAAUAUUUGGGCCGACCCUUGUUUUGAAUUUGCCGCGAAAAUACUCACAGGUGAGGUUCCUGUGAAGGAGGACGGCUCACAAAUUCGUAUCGCAUUUCAGCAGCCUCGAGACCCGUCUUUAGAUAAUGUCUACCCUUUGGAUACUUUUAGCCAAUUCGCUGGCGUGAAAAAUGCCUGGGAAAGGCAACAAGGUGUAAAAGAUCCUUCUCUUGCUCGUGCCGUGAAUGAUGGUCGUGGUAGCUCGUAUGGCUGUGGGCUGCUGUCAAAGGACACCAAGCUGUAG